AUGGCCGCAUCCACCAUGUCCGUCUGCUCCAGCAACCUGAGCUAUGGCAGCCGGGUCUGCCUGCCCGGGUCCUGUGACUCUGGCUCCGAGUCCUGGCAGGCAGACGACUGUCCAGAGAGCUGCUGCGAGCCCCCCUGCUGUGCCCCAAGCUGCUGCGCCCCAGCCCCCUGCCUGAGCCUGAUCUGCACCCCAGUGAGCUGUGUGUCCAGCCCCUGCCAGUCAGCCUGCACCAGUUCCUGCACUCCAUCAUGCCGCCAGCAGGCUAGCUGCCAGCCAGCUUGCUGUGUGCCUGUCUGCUGCAAGCUAGUUUGCUGCAAGCCAGUCUGCUCUGGGGCGUCUUCUUCCUGCUGCCAGCAGUCUAGCUGCCAGCCUUCUUGCUGCACCUCCUCUCCUUGCCAGCAGUCCUGCUGCAUGCCCUUCUGCUGCAAGCCCAUCUGCUGUGUGCCCACCUGCUCUGGGGCUUCCUCUUCAUGCUGCCAGCAGUCUAGCUGCCAACCUUCUUGCUGCAUCUCCUCCCCCUGCCAGCAGCCUUGCAGCGUGCCCAUCUGCUGCAAGCCCAUCUGCUGUGUGCCCACCUGCUCUGGGGCUUCCUCUUCAUGCUGCCAGCAGUCUAGCUGCCAGCCGACUUGCUGCCCCUCCUCCUGCUGCAGACCUUCCUCCUGCGUGUCCCUCCUCUGCCGCCCUGUGUGCAGACCCGCCUGCUGCAUGCCCGUCCCCUCCUGCUGUGCCCCCGCCUCCUCCUGCCAACCCAGCUGCUGCCGCCCGGCCUCCUGCAUGUCCCUCCUCUGCCGCCCCGUGUGCUCCCGCCCAGCCUGCUGCAGCCUUUCCUCAGGACAGACAUGUUGA